CACCAGAAGGCAUAUAUGGAUAGAAGCAUCUGGAAAACAGGCAGAGGAAUCACAAGGAGUUAAUAGGGAGAAGAGAGAAGAAAUUAAAUUAAUUAAUUUUUUUCUUUGGUUUUAUUAUUGCUUUAUUUUUUAUGUGCUUUAAAAAAAUGCUGCAACAUUUUCUAAAAGCGUAUUCUAAUAAAUCCAAUGUUAUUUAGAAGAGUUUUGGAGAUUUUUUAAAUAAACUGUAGUAAAACCAAGCAGACGUGGUGUAGAGGACAGAAGUGAAGAGAAGGGAGAAGGCGAGGGAGGGGGAGGAAAGAGAGAGCGUGGUGUCUGUGCGUCUGAGCCUGCCUCAGCGAGAUGUUCAUGCUCAUUCGAGAGCCGUCCACCGGAGGAGGUGGUGCUGCAGCAAUGAGCGCACCGCAGGAGAGGAGCGCAAAGCAGGUGCAGGCUGCCAUCAAGAGGAAGAUGGAGAGGCAGAAGAGGAGAAGCAUUGAGCAGGGGAUGGUCGCGGCGGAGGGUCAGGGCAUGAUCCAUGUACCUCCACAGCGUCAGAGGUCCCGACAGCCGCCCCCGAUGACGACAGCUGACGAGGGUGAAGACAGCGAAGCUUUGGAGGAACAGCUGGAGGAGAUGCUGGAGGGACCUCACAGGAGUAAUGGAGAGAAUGAGGUGGAGGACGAGCCCGCAGACCUGCUGCCUAUAGUCAACUCUGUGUUUGGACAGGAUAGAGAGCUGAGACCAGAGGAGCUGGAAGAGCUCCGUGAGGCAUUUGUGGAAUUUGACAAGAACAAGAAGGGCUACAUCAGUCACAGAGAUCUCGGGGAGUGCAUGAGGACUAUGGGAUACAUGCCUACAGAGAUGGAGCUCAUCGAACUCAGCCAACAGAUCUCUGGAGGCAAAGUGGACUUUGAGGAUUUUGUGGAGCUGAUGGGACCAAAGUUGCUGGCAGAGACAGCAGACAUGAUCGGGGUCAAAGAGCUACGAGACGCAUUCAAAGAGUUCGACUCUAAUGGCGACGGUCAGAUCAGUUUGACGGAGCUGCGUGAGGCCAUGAAGAAGCUGAUGGGAGAACAAGUGACAAACAGAGAGAUUAACGAGAUCCUUAAGGAUGUUGAUCUGAAUGGAGACGGCCUGGUUGACUUUGAGGAGUUUGUGCGAAUGAUGUCUCGCUGAUCAUCCCAGCUGUCCUGCAUGUAACACAGGAAAAAGCAACACGUUCCUGCUGUGAACUUUAUUUUCAAUGUGUUUAAUAUAAAUAUUUUUCUAUCAAAUAUCAAAACAGGAAAAUAUAUAACUGAGACAAAGGAAAACAUAUGAAUAGCAGUAUAAUACAUAUCAGCUUGCAAAUGAAAAUGUAUAAUCUCUUGAUUUUAUCAUAUUUUUUAUAUGUAAGUUAUUCUUUUUUCGGGGUGUAUUUUUUUUGUAAAUAUUCCUAUUUUAAUAGCGAAUAAAUAAACAGAUGAAUGGAGAAACA